CGUGCUCUGCUCCCCCUGUCUGCCUGCCUGCCUGCGCGCCCCGGCACGCACACUCGCGCCCCGCCCCGUCCCCUCGUCGUCUCUCCUCCCCAUCAAAGCCCACCACUCCCCCACGCCACCCACCCCACACCACCCCACCCCUCCGCGCGGCGCCCGAGACCCAGACCCCUCCUCACCUUCCACCCAAUUGCAAUCGCGAGCCCCGACCCCCACGCCAGCGUCUUAGCCAGGCGGCCGGCCAGGUUCGGGAGAUUUCUUCGUCGCGGCGAGGGACGGACGGAGGAGGGGGUUGCCGGGGCCGGGCACUUGGAUGAGAAGGGCGGCGGAGGAGGAUGCGGAAGGCGUACAGGGACUCCAUCAAGCUGCUCGAAGCUGACAUCCAGCACGCCAACACUCUGGCAUCUGAAUUUCCUCCGGACUACGAUGGCGCAUGCCUGCAGAUGCGCCUGUCGUACAGCCCCGUGGCGCAUAUAUUCCUCUUCCUUGUGCAGUGGACGGACUGCAGCCUCGCCGGGGCUCUUGGUCUGCUGAGAAUCCUCAUAUACAAGGUUUAUGUUGAUGGAACAACGACCAUGUCGACUCAUGAGAGGAAAGCCAGCAUCAAAGAGUUCUAUGCUGUGAUAUUUCCUUCGUUGCUGCAACUGCAAAAGGGGAUCACUGAUGUGGAGGACAAGAAGCAAAAGGCCGUGUGCAUGGAGAGGUACAGGAGGAGAGAUGAAGACGACCGAAGCAACUUAUCUGAUAUUGAUGUCGAGAGGGAAGAAGAGUGCGGGAUUUGCAUGGAGAUGAACAGCAAAGUUGUGUUGCCUAACUGCACCCAUGCUAUGUGCCUCGGAUGUUACCAGGACUGGAAUUCAAGAUCACAGUCCUGCCCAUUCUGCCGUGACAACUUGAAGAAGACUUGCCCUGGUGACUUGUGGAUCUAUGUCGAGGACCAAGAUGUGGUCGAUAUGGAGACGGUGUCAAGCGAGAACCUCAGACGGCUGUUCAUGUACAUAAGCAAGCUGCCUCUGAUUGUUCCAGAUGUCAUCUUCAGUGUUUAUGAUUCCCAGAUAAAAUGACUGCAACGCCUCCUUUCGGAGACCUUCAGCCAGUGCCCAAUUCCAAUUAAUCUUAUCCCCCCAUGUUCUCCAUUUCCAUGCUUUACUCGAGCUAUUGGAAGUGCCUGAACUGGUCUCGGAUCGCAAGCCGUUCAGCCGUGCUUUAGAACUUAUCUAGUGCCUGCAUGCAUCCUUAAUCAUACCCAGCCACUUUGUACAUACCUGGCAUGGCUCUGUUAAUAGAGAACUUAUGCUUGCCCCAAAUGGAGGCAGUGCUGUUUGUGACUA